AUGGCUUGUCGAUUACGAGUUGCUAUGAUAUUUUCAUUGACAAGUGCGCUCUUUCAUAGUUUCUUACUUCAUGCAUUAUGGUGUUUUUUCAAAGUUAUAUUUCAUUCUAUAUUCAAUGUGAAAAUACUAUGUUAUUUCUCAUUGCAUCGUGUUUAUACUUAUAUUCUAUUAAUUUUGAUUAGUUGGUUUCUAUCACUAGUUAUUGUAUUACCAGCAUGGACAAAAUUAAAUGUAUUCUCGUAUUUUCCUGAACAGUAUCAUUGUCUGAUAUCAUUUACAAAUGUUCGUGGUUUUAUUUAUUCAUUAUGUAGUACUUAUGUAAUACCUGUACUCGUGAUAAUAUAUAUUUAUAGUCGAUUAAUUAUCUUUAUACGUCAUGGAUACAAUUUUAAUCAUAGAUCGCGAACAAGACGAGAAAUAAUGAUUGUUAAACGUAUUUUAAUUAUUUGUGCUAUUUUAAGUUUGUCUGGAAGUCCAACACUUGUUUUUUUAUUUCAAUUUAUAAUGACAGGUAGACUUCAUCCACUUGCCGAUCGAGUUCAUGAACUUGGUCUGGCUAUUAACACGAAUAUCGUUACUUUUGGCUUUGCAAUUCUUAAUUCAUUGAUUAAACUUUUGCCUAAAAAAUUUACUCAUCGAAAGCAACCUCAAACAAGUUACAGACAGCCGAAAAAAGUUUUAAGCGACAUAAUGCCAUGA